AUGCAGCGCACAAGACGCCUCCCCCUCCGCCUGUUCCCGGCGACCCAGUCGCUGGUCAGCGGCCGCCAAUGCCUCGGCGCGGCGGCGGCACGAACCAUCUCGACGACCCCCCUCAAGCCCGCCGAGGUCGCCCCCGUAGUCGGCACCGGCCCGCCCCCGGCACCCCCGACCGCCGAAGACGACCGCGCCGCCGAGCUGCGCGCCCGCAUCGAGAGGAGGAGGAAGCAGGCCGAGAUGCUCAAGCAGGCCAAGAACAUCCGCGGCGCCGCGGACGCCAAGAAGGCCGCCGCCGGUGGCGGUACCGCCGCGUCCAGGGCCGCGGGGCUCAAGAGGAGGUUCUGGAACGAUGUCAGCGUGCAGGAGGUCGAUGGCGCCCUCCAAAUCCACCUCGACGCCCGUCCCCUCCGCCACCCCCUCACAAAACAAAUCAUCCGCCUGCCCCCCUCCAAGCAGCACCUCGCCUCCGCCCUCGCGAUCGAGUGGGACCUCCUGACCUCCGCCCAGCAGGCCACGAAGCAGCACCUGAUCCCGCUGACGUCCCUCGUCUGCCGCGCCCUCGACAUCGCCGAGGACGACGCCGCGAGCGCCAACCCGGGCGCCAUCCGCGAGGCCAUCACCACCACCGUCCUCCGCUACCUCGACACCGACUCCCUCCUCUGCUGGGCCCCGCCCCCCACCGCCUCGGACCGCCGCAACGAGGCCGGCGAGGGCCUGCGCGACGUGCAGAAGCGCACCGCCGAGUCCGUCGUCGGGUUCCUCACCUCGCGCGUCUGGCCCGGCAUCGAGAUCGGCCCCGUCCUCGACGGCGACGCCAUCAUGCCGCGCAAGCAGGCCGAGGGCGUAAGGGAGGUCGUCCAGGGCUGGGUGAUGGGCCUCGACGCGUGGGAGAUCGCGGGCCUCGAGAGGGGCGUGCUGGCGGGGAAGAGCCUGGUGAACGCGGCGCGGCUGGUCGUCGAGUGGUCCGAGGGCCCGAACGGGGCGGACCGGGUCGAGGGCGAGGAGAGGUUCGGGGUCGAGGAGGCGGCGACGGCGUCGAGCGUCGAGGUGACGUGGCAGACGGGGUCGUGGGGCGAGGUCGAGGAUACGCACGACGUCGAGAAGGUUGACUUGAGGAGGCAGCUGGGUAGUGUCGUUCUGCUCGUCUCCGGGACGAACCGCAAGUGA